AUGGAGGCAUCAAAUUCGUCGUUGUUGUUAAUAAACGAAGCAUACUGGCCGCUCCCAUAUCUUUAUUCCUCUUUCACCUCCAUUUGGCUCGUUUUCGCUUCUUGCUGGAUUAUCAAUACUUAUAUUAACCGCCAUUUUCAGGUGAACAAUUUACAAUGGGCACUUGCAUCAGUUCCUUGUAUUAAAGCUCUACAACUUUCAUUUUCCUUUCUGUUUUGGUAUUCAUGUUUUUAUUACCAGACAUGUUCUUUAUGGAUGUCAUUUGGAGUAUAUGUAACUGGAUUGCUAUUUGAGACAGCUUCAAUCGUGUCGUUUUUGUUGAUUGCUCAUGGCUACUGCAUCACGUCUGAACGCCUUUCAGUACCUGAACGUCGAGCUCUGGCUGUUAUUGGUUGCGUCUUUUAUCUGAUUCUUGUUGGUCAUAGAGCUUCUAUACCUUACUUCUCAAUUCUUUUGGUGCUUGACUAUUUGAUCAUAUUCUUUGUGAUAUUUAAUCAUAUUGCUCAUAACUUAUCCAUCUUGAGGGAGCAGUUAAACUUUAUAGAGGACGAAGAUGUCCAAGAAAUGUAUGAUGCUGUCUACACCAAAUACCUUAUGUUCAAGAAAUUUAAAAGCGCAAUGCAUAUUGUAGCUAUAGCAGAAACUGCGAUUUUCAUCAACAUGGACAGUUCAGUGGAAACUUAUUGGAUGAAGUUACUGGUUCGUGAGUGGGCGCAUUUCUGUAUCUUUCUAUAUAUCGGGUGGAUUUUUAGGUCACAGGAUUUGGCGCCACGGUUCUCUGUUAUGCCCACUCACAAGUCUAAAAAAGACAGAAUUGUUCCUCCCAUAUACAGUAUUGAACUGGAUGCUGCAUCGUUUAAAGAUUUUAGCAGUCGUGAAUGGCAGAUUGGAGUGCCAACUUAUCAAGACAGGAGCUUGAAGGACUCCAUACUAGUAGUGAUUCAACAUCCACAUGCAUCUAGGCCCAUUUUAAGCAACUCUGGUUCAGGAAUUCCAGCUACUCAGGCUAUAUCAGAGUCCAACAAACUUUGUGAUUUUGUAUUUUGAACCAUACAUAAAAGUUAUACUAUUAGAUAUGUAGAUAUAGAUAUGAGCAGGCAGA